AUGGUUUGUUUACAUUUCGCUAAUCGUUCAAACGUCUCUAGGGUCCAUUUGGGUCCAUAUAGAGAAAGACCUACAAAUUCGAGGUUAGAUCUGAACGAAGUCAUUAUAAUGAUCGAUGAGACUGAAAUACUCGCCAAUGGCAGUCUGAACUUGCCCAUUAAUAAAAUAUUGGGCAGUUCAAUAAAGUCACCUUCUUUGUUCACAGUACAGGACGAUGUGGUUGCAUAUACUGCAGGAAGUGGAAUAGUUGUCAGUAAAUUAGAUAAAGUAAAGGGCAAUGUUAUAUCGCAGAGGUUUUUCUGUGUCAAUUCUAAACAAGAUGCUGCAGCUUCUGCCAAUCCAUAUGCACCUUCGUCUGCUAAUGCAUAUUUGAAUAUGAUUAAAAAGGAGAUAAUCUCACCUAGCACAAACGAGGAAUCUUUCAAGGCAGAUUCCUUCGGGUACCCUUUUGAAACAAUCAUAUCGGGCUCUUCCUCAGACAACCACUUGGAUAGCAACCCCAAAGUAGAGAACAGCGGAUCUAUCACAUUUGAUGUAAACACUUCUUCACCUUCCAAAUUUAAAGAUAGAGUGAGAUCGAUUAGCUGCUUGUCCAUCUCUCCGAACAAGUCCAUCCUUGCCAUUGGUGAAAUAGGGUACCAUCCGAGAAUUGCCCUUUUUUCUUUGGCUCCUGACCUGUCUUCCUCUCCUAUUGCUUUGGUUUAUGAACACUCAUUUGGGAUCAACUCCAUAUCAUUUGCUCCAGAUCUGAGAACUUUCAGUUCCUUGGGGUUGUUGAAUGACGGGUUUUUAAACAUAUGGAGGUUCAAUACUAAUCCCUCCGGAUAUAUGGAAAGCAUACAACUUCAAGCAAGUAACAAAUGUACCUCUGUUGUCAACAAACUUAUUUGGCACGAAAACUAUUUAAUAACUUUAGGAUUGCGCAUGGUUAAGGUUUGGAAGUACGAAGAAAGACGUAAUAAUAACAGCUUCAAUAAUAUGGCGCUAAAGGGUAAGAAUGUCUUGUUGGGCCAGCUCAUAAAUUCUAAUUUUAUAGAAGGAGAAAGUUUGAGUGCCGAUGAAGUGAUAAUAAUGACCGAUAACUCCCAAAUCUUACUUUUAAAGUUGCAGUAUGACAAUUUAAAAUUGAUUACUUUGGACUCUGCAUCAAUUACGAAACCAUUUCAUACAAUGUGCAUUGAUUACUUAGGUGAAAAGGUAUGGUUUGGAUGUAAAGAGGGGAAAUUGGAGACUCUCAGAAUAAGUGAAUUGAAAGAGUCAACAGGUAAAGUGAAAGCAGUCGAACAGCCUACGAACUCGAAGCUUGCUACAAUGUUAAAUAGUCCAUUGAAUCCGAACCAUUCGAAUUCAAAUUCUAGCUUGAAUGGCUCGUCAGACACUUCGAAUAAUCUCGUACUAAAGGUAUUCGACUAUGACAGUGAUACACUAUUGGUGUACACCCCAAGUCAAGAAUUAAAGCUCAUCGGCAAAGUAGAGCAAUCCAAGAAGGUAAUUGUAAGUUCGUUACUUAAAAACUUAUCGGGAAUCAAAAAUACUUACCUGAAAGAAUUACUUGUGUUUUCGAAGGAAGGAAUAAUAAAGAAAAUCGAUUAUGAAAAUCAUUAUAAAGAGUCCAUUAUCAGUACGUUAAGGUUACCUUCUAAUGAGUUAAUACCCAACUGUCUCACUGCAGUCGAUAAGUUAAAUGAGAAAGUAUUAGCCUGUGGAGAUAAACAUGGAAAUAUAUACGUUGGAGCAUCUACAGACGAGGAAACUCUUUCGAUUGAGUAUCAAAUAAAAGCACACACUUCAUCCGUGAACGAAGUUAUCUUCUUCGAAGGGACUAGAAACUAUUACAUGUGCAGUAUUUCCAGGGACAGAAUGAUACAAAUCUUUAAAAAGUCGAAGUCAGAUGUAAGUGGGUGGGAUAUUUUGCAAACCUUGCCGACUCAUUCAGCGAACAUUCUUCGAGUCUUUAACUCGAAUGAUAAGUUGUAUACUUGUUCUUCAGAUAGAACAAUAUCUAUACAUUCCAUUGUUGAAGAUGAAGGUUCGGACAAGGUUACAGUAGUUCAAGAAAAGAUAAUCUCACUCAAGAACACUCCUAUUACAAUGAAGUUGUACGGGAAUGAUUUGAUCGUUUCUACUAGCGAUAAGGUCCUUCUAAUAUAUAAGAUCAAUGGGAAUUUCGAACUCAAGCGAUCUCUAAAGCUAAUCAAUGCAAGCAUCAAUGAGUCAUUAUUGAUUGAGAACUUUGUUGUGCAUAAUAAUGUGAUAAUAGCAUCAUCAUCCGAUAAAUCAUUACGAAUUUUCAACUACCAACUGGGAAAACCAAUUGCAGUAUAUUGGGGGCAUCUGGAUAGUAUAUUAAGCUUAAAAUUAGUUUCAAAUUUCAAUGAGCUAUUGUCUAUCAGUUUAGAUGGUUGCUUAUUUAAAUGGAACUUAAAGUCACAAAGGACGGAAGAAGUUGCUAGAGACCAAAGUAGAAGUGAAAAUGAGCUUAAAAAUUUAGAGUACGUCCCAUUGUAUGCCAAAGUAACCAGAAAGAUCAUUCCUAACGUUGUGACAGCACCAUCUUCAACACGCACUCCCACACGUUCUAGAAGGUCCUCAUUAUCAUCAUCACCUACUAGAGAAGAAAAGGAUCAGAGUAUUUCACCUCCCACUCCAACUGUACCUAGAUUAUUAUCUGCAGCAACAUUGAAGAGGAUUGAAACGAGAACAGAAAGUAAGAGUCCAUCGAAGCAACAGCAGCAGGCUCCUCAAUUGAACAGGUCCUUGAGUAGUAGCCCCACUAAAGCGUCAAAUAGAUAUUCAUGGUCUCCAACGAAACUGCUGACUCCAACGCACAAGAAGAGAAUGCUGUUGGAUAAUGUUACGAAUAAACUAACACCCUCAGCAGUGAUUCAUGAGAAAAGUGAUACCAAUUUAUUUAUGGAGAGAUCAAUUUCACACUUGACCAUGAUGAAAUCAAAUUUGUUUAAUGUUAGGCUAGAAGAUGAUGAAAAGUUGAAACUUAAAACAAUGUUGAAGGAUUUACAUGAUAUACUUAGUGAUGAAAAGAUUCCAUUAGAAGGCAAAGAGAAUGGGCUUCAGUCAAAUAAGGAGAAUGAAAUUCUUGAAUUAUACAGCGACAAAUUGAUUAAUAUGUUCCAAACAAAACUCCAAUUGGUUGAAAAGAACAAUAAUUUAAGUACAAGGUCAAUAUCUCGAGCUUCAACGGAAGGAAUCUUCAAAAGAAUCUACUCCAACGACUUAAGUAGUAACGAAGUCGAAUAA